CUGUUCCCCUCCCACCUCCCCGCCCCCCGCCUGCGUCGGCCUCGCCCUCUCAACUCUCAAGUCUCGACUCACCGCGCCACACCACACCACACCACAAGCCCCAGCUCGCCCGUUCGCGCCGCUACAGUCCCCCCCGCGCGCCUCUCCUCCUCGUACUGCCGCCGCGCGCGCCCGCCGGUCCGCUCCCCCGCUCGCUCGGCCCGCGCGAGCCCGGAGCCUGGUGGCGGCGGCGGAGGUGGGGGAUUCGGAUUGGGAGCCCGGGCGCGGCGGGGUCGCUCGCCCCACCCCACGAGGCAGGGAGAUCGGGGCGCGCGCGGGUGCCCGCAGCUCUCGCCGGGCUCGGUUCCGCGGGAUCGCUCCGGCGCGGUGCGGCCCAUGCCGUGAGUGAAGUCCUGGCUUUGCCGCCCGGGGGAGAGAUCUUGCCGCCACAGCAGCAGCAGCCGCAGCCGCCUGAAGCCGGUGCUCCGGCGGCCGAGGCCGACCGGCGCCCGCCACCGACCGCCAUGGCUGGCAGCGACGAGGUCAACCGCAACGAGUGCAAGACGGCGGUGCCGAUCCACACAUGGGUGCUCAUCUCCAACUUCAAGCUGGCCUACAACAUGCUCCGGCGGGCGGACGGCACCUUCGACCGCGACCUCGCCGAGUACCUCGACCGCCGCGUGCCGCCCGACGCGCGCGCCCAGGAGGGCGUCUCCUCCUUCGACCACGUCAUCGACCCGUCCGUCGGCCUCGAGGUCCGCAUCUACCGCGCCGCCGCCACCAACGCCGCGGGCGCAGGCGCCGCCGCGGUCACGCUGCCCAUCCUCGACUUCCUCACCGGCGCGCCGUCCCCGGACCCGUUCCCCGUCAUCCUCUUCUUCCACGGCGGCAGCUUCGCGCACUCGUCGUCCAGCACGGCCAUCUACGACAACCUGUGCCGCCGGUUCGUGAAGCUGAGCAAGGGCGUGGUGCUGUCCGUCAACUACCGGCGCGCCCCCGAGCACCGGUACCCGUGCGCCUACGACGACGGCUGGACGGCGCUCAAGUGGGCCAUGUCGCAGCCCUUCCUCCGCAGCGGCGAGGGCGCCCAGCCCCGCGUGUUCCUCUCCGGCGACUCCUCCGGCGGCAACAUCGCCCACCACGUGGCCGUCCGCGCCGCCGACGCCGGGAUCAGGAUCUGCGGCAACAUCCUGCUCAACGCCAUGUUCGGCGGCUGCGAGCGCACCGACUCGGAGCGGCGGCUGGACGGCAAGUACUUCGUCACGCUCCAGGACAGGGACUGGUACUGGAAGGCGUACCUGCCCGAGGACGCCGACCGGGACCACCCGGCGUGCAACCCGUUCGGGCCGAACGGGCGGCGCCUCAGGGGGCUCCCCUUCACCAAGAGCCUCAUCAUCGUGUCGGGCCUGGACCUCACCUGCGACCGGCAGCUGGCCUACGCCGAGGGCCUCCGGGAGGACGGCCACCAUGUCAAGCUCGUGUACCGCGAGAAGGCCACCAUCGGCUUCUACCUGCUGCCCAACACAGACCACUACCACGAGGUCAUGGAGGAGAUCGCCGACUUCCUCAGGGCUAACCUCCUCUAGUACAUACACCAACCAACCACAGCUGCUCAUCUGAUCAUCACACUCCACUCCACUCCACUCCACUUGUUAUAGCAAGAUGGUAAGCUUGACUUAUACUAGUAGUUCUGUCGUCUCGUCGUAUACUGCUGCUGCUGCUGCUUGGGGAUCAUCAUCGUCUGAAUUCCGGCCAUGGCAAGUGCACUGGAAGGACAACCUCCUCUGCUUCUGAUAAAAAGCUCAAACCAACCAUGGCAACUUUUGUUUCCCCCCUCGUCGUCGUCGUCCGCUGAAAGAAAAACCGUCUGCUGCUGAUCGCGAAGCCCUGCGUCCCUGGUUGAUGGAGAGAAGCCUAUUAUUUCGCCUUCAAUCACCCUCCGGCUCGUCCCCGGGGGCAAAUUCAUCUAACAUUCUGUGUACAGUGAUGAACUGAUGAUGGAUCAACAAGGCGGCGUGUGGUCUUUUUGUUGCUCGUUUGAUGUAGUGGCUCUCUCUCUCUCUCUCUCUCUCUCUCUCUCUCUCUCUCUCUCUCUCUCUCUCUCUCUCUCUCUCUCUCUCUCACUCUCUCUUGGAUUAUUGGAUGGUGCCUACGCGUACCCUCAACCUAUAUCUAUCUUCCCAUGUUUUGUGAAACAUAUGUGAUGUUUCCAAUCUCAGGCUAGUAGUAGUGGUAGUAGCAGAGGCACAAGAGAUGUACCCUCUCCCCAUCCUAACUGCUGGUCUGGCCCGGCCCUGUCGUCUCUCCUUGAUGUCCUCUAAUCCUUUCUGUACACAACCAACGCCGCUGAAAGAAAAAACUGCUGCCAAAAUGUGUUGCAA